CGCAUGGUCGCCGUUGCAAGCAGUCACUUGGUUGGGUAGCGGCGGCGUCAGCACCUCCGCCGUCCGUCCGCGCGGCCUUCAUCCCUUCCCACGGAGACAUCGCGGCAUUCGUUCCACGAAGGAUUCCUUUGCAUCCACCGACACCUACGUACAUCCCCUUGACUUUCAGAAAUGGACUUGCACGCUGAAGCAUCAAACGUUCCCACGUUGUCGUCGCUAUCCAUUUCCGAUGCUAACGAAUCGCUCAAUGAGACCCCACGGCAUGGAGAACUGACUUUGGAGGAGCAAGACCCCCACGAUCUUGUCGCCCAUGGCGACGAGAUGUCGGAAGAGGACGAUGAGUCGAGCGAAGUCGAGAGCGAGGAAAGCGACGAAGAGGAGGAGGAGGAGGAAGAAGAACUCAGCUGGAUUUCGUGGUUCUGCUCGCUUCGUGGCAACGAAUUCUUCUGCGAGAUCGACGAGGACUACAUCGUCGACGACUUCAACCUGACGGGGCUGAAUGGCAUCGUGCCGUUUUACGACUACGCGAUGGACAUGAUCCUCGAUGUCGAGACUCCCCACGAUGAAGCACUCUCGGAAGGUCAGCAAGAAAUCGUCGAGUCCGCUGCCGAGAUGCUCUAUGGGCUCAUUCACGCGCGGUACAUUCUCACGUCCAAGGGAAUGGCGGCGAUGCUCGAGAAAUACCAAAACGUCGACUUCGGACGGUGCCAUCGCGUGUACUGCCAAGGCCAACCCGUGCUUCCCGUCGGGCAGUCGGACAUCCCGCGCCACACGACAGUCAACAUAUUUUGCCCUCGGUGCCGCGACAUCUUUUUCCCCAAGUCCCAGCGCCAAGACACCGACGGCGCGUACUUUGGCACGACGUUCCCGCACUUGUUCCUUAUGACGCACCUGGCCCUCGUGCCGUCGCCCCCGGCGCAAGUGUACGUUCCCCGAGUCUUUGGGUACAAAGUUCACAAGGCGAGUGCAUACUACGUUGGCAAGAAGGACGCAGACAGCGAUCGGAACGGCCACCGCCGCGGCCGGCGAAAACUCCUCCAACACACAGACAAACAAUAAUCUCUCGCUAACGCUUCUCCCUGCUUUGACCUGCGCUGUUGAGGUGCUGCCAUGCGUGCUUGCUUGCUCAUGGCGCCGGCCACACACUGGUCGUUGUGGGACGUUGUCGCAUGGAAUUAGUGUAAGGUCAAUACGUCUUUUAGUGUAUAGUACACGAAUUAAGGAUUUUGAACCAACACC